AGCAGCGCAGGCCACAGCUAGCCGGCACACUGCGGCCACUGCACCGUCCACUGACUCUGAGAUGGAGUAUGAGCCCAAGAAAGCCAAAAAGGGCUUUGUCUCCCCCAUCAAGCGUCUGGUCUUCCCCAAGUCGGGACGGAGGCAGGUGGACAGGGGCAGUCUGUACCGACGGCCCUUGCACACCGUCCCCCUGUAUCCCCCAGACUACCUCAUCCACCCCGAGAGGCUGAUCUACGACUACGUGGAGAAGGAGGUGAAGUUUCUAGGCCACCUGACCUGGGUGUCGUGCUCCCUGAACCCCUCCAGCCGGGACGAGCUGCUGCAGCUACUGGACACAGCCCGGACGCUGAAGGUCCUGCCGUUGAAGACGAGCCCGGAGCAGGACUGCAUCCUCAGCCUGUCCGCCCGCUGCCUGCUGCUCACCUGGCGGGACAACGAGAAGCUGCUCCUGCGCAUCCCCACGCACGAGAUCGCCGCCGCCUCCUACCUGCGGGACGACGCACUGCACCUCCUGGUGCUCAAAACAGGCCUGAAUGUGGAUACAGUGCUGGCAGGCGACAGUUUGGAAAAGAAGCCUGGGGGCAUUGAGAGCAGACGCCAGACAGUCAGUAACACAGACCCACGGCCAGCAGGGGGCACUAUGGAGCGCAGGCACACCAUCUGUGGGGUGGACUGGAAGCCUUCAUCCAGACACGAGGCCAAACAGAGCGGGGGAGCGGGCGGCGUCCAAGGUGGAGCAGGAGGAGGAGGAGGAGGGGGAGGAGGAGGGGGAGGAGGAGGAGGAGGAACCGGGGGUGGGGGCAGUCUGGAACGGAAGAGAGUGGGUGGCAGCUGGGAGCGGAGGCAGACCCGGAAAGCGGGAGGAAGCUGGGAGAAGAGGCCAAUGAGCGGGAGCUGGGACCGGAGGCCCGUGGGAGGCAGCUGGGAGAGGCGCAACACCGGCGGCAUGGGAGGCAGCUGGGAGAAGAGGCAUGCUGGGAAACCCGGGGGCAGCUGGGAGAGGAAGCAGGCGCAGGGUGGCAGCUGGGAGCGCAGACAGGCCUGCACGGGGAGCUGGGAGAGGGGCAAGUCCUACGGAAGCUGGGAGAGGCGGAACCACAACCCGCUGGAGCCCACCCCCUGCCCCGAUGCCUACUGCAACCUGGUGAUAUUGGCCGUAGAAAACAGAGACGCUGCAGAGGAGUACUGUGCCCUCAUAUGUCAGAUGUUCCAGAUUAUUUACGGCCACCAGACCAUUGAGUGCGUGGAUAGGGCAGGCUACCAUUACACCACCCCCGACCGCUACUGGCUCCAGAGGAGUGACAGCUGCCUGACAGAUAUGACGUAUGGUUACGAUGCAGAUUUCAGCUGCUGCAGUUCUUUUGACGGCUCCCAGGACGCCUUUGACCCCUACUACAGCGAGAACUACAGCGAGAGCUCGUCCCUGUCCCUGCAGGACUCCCACCGCAGCAUGGCCUCCCUGCACAGUGACGGCGAGCCUAGCACCGCCGGCCUGCAGCUCAUGCAGGAGUACAUGAUCACGCUAAGGAGCAAGCUGAGCCCCCAGGAGAUCCAGCAGUUUGCCCUACUGCUGAGAGAGUACCGGCUGGGCUCUCCUAUCGACGAGUUCUGUGCUGACCUCCUCCAGCUCUAUGGGGACACCAGGAAGUUUCUGCUCUUGGGAAUGAGGCCUUUUAUCCCUGACAAGGACGUGGGUGUCUUUGAGAGCUUCCUGGAGGGCAUCGGGAUCCGGGAGGGUGGCAUUCUGACGGACAGCUUCGGGCGGAUCAAGCGCAGCAUGAGUAGCACCUCAGCCACAGCGGUGCGGGGCUACGACAGCUGGUCCCUGCCCUCGGGGUCCCAGGACUUCAACCGGAUGAUCACGGACAUUACACACGACAUCGAGGCGCUGGGCUUUGAGGAGGGCGAUGGGGACAUUGAGGAGGAAGACUACUACCUCUGAGAGCAAAUGAGCCGAAGGAGACACCAGCAGAACACUGGACAUCUUCAGGGACUCAAUGAGAGGUGGUUGCACCGAGACGAGACAAGUUAAUGGAUAUUUUCAGCCAUGCCUCGGCUUUUCACUUUAUCAGCCAUUUGGAUGUAUGACUGUGAGUUUCAGGGUGUUCAGGCCUGUCACAAGAGAGGAAUGUGUCUGAAAGCGCAAGCCAAAAACGUUUUGUCUAUUCUGAUGAUAACAGUCAUUGUUAAAUGUGCAAUUUAUCAUAUUUCUAUACAAACUGUUCCUGGAUGCCUCAAUACCUUAUACCAAACUGUCAAAAUUUUGAUUCAGAUUAUAACAAACUCUACAUUCUCUACUCCAGAGACUCAUAACACGGUAAAUUCAAUAUUCAUGAUUCACUUUUUAUCCUAAUAAGGACUGCAUAAGAGCGUAUGUGAUUGCCUCGCCGAGUUAAUAUUCAUGAUACACUGGGUUUUGUUGGCAUUUGCAUCACCCAAUUUGCAUCCAUCCGCAUCUGCAUGCUGUGCAUGAAUACCAAACAACUUCAAUUGUACCUGAAAAACAGAGAGGGAGAGAGAGAAGCAGCAAGGCUGCAGGGAGAUAAGAUGUCCUGUUUACAGCACAUAAUAGGGGCAUUUCAAGCAGUAUGCAUAGCGUGAACUCACAUAGAUUCUGUCUUGAGGGGAAAAAAAGGGGAUGACAGAAAUCUUUGAGUGCUAACAGGCUCUCAGGUGGUGUCGUGACCUUCCCAGAGCCAUGCUCGAAACCCCAGCACCUCCGAGGAGCAGAUGGGUGCACCGGGCAGCCGCACUCCCCGGGAUCCUCCGGCAAUCUCUCAUCCCCAUCUCUCCAUGAUGUCAUUAGAGACUGCACAGUCACUGGGGAGAGGCAGAGAAAAGAAAGACUUCAUCAUGAAUGUCGUUGUAAAAGUACUGCAAGGAAAUGUGGAUUCGCUUUCAUUUUUCCUCCUUUUUUGUUCAAAUAGAAAAUGUUUCAGCAUUUUUUUUUUUUUUUUUUGUAAAAACAAAGAUGUACUGCUUGUUUUGCAAAGGGUGGAUUCAUCCAGCAUUCAGUAGAAUCGACAGCGAGAGAAAAUGCACUGUGACCUCCAUAUUUAUUUAUAACCUUCAACAAAAACAUGACUCAAUGGAAAACAAA